GUAUUAUGCUGUCUCUCAGAAGAGUCGCCAUGUUUCUUAGGGUAAAUUACACGGACCCCCUGUACUAUGGGGUCAGUGACAAAGACCCCAUGAAUUUUAGCUGUUAGACAAAGACCCCUUCUGUUAGCCUUUUGUUAGCCAUGGAUACUGGUGACUACACUAAAACGUAAACGGAGAAAGAAAGAAACCAAAAAUAUGAAGAGAGGACAAGGCAUCGGACGAGGAACUUGCUAAGUUCUUCAUCGUUUGCCAUCAUUCUUCAAUUUCCAAGCAUUCAGCUAUGGACUUCAUUCUCCUAAAAGUAGUCUCUUAGGUAUAUUGCUUGGUCAACACACCUCAUAGGAUAGAUAUCAACAACUUGAUGCUUCAAAACACUAGCAGAACCACGCCUCUAGAGGGGCUAAUUUCAGAGGCAGGGGUAGCAGUUCAGGCCCUUAUUCGAUGAUAAAUCCGUUUCAAGCUCCCGAUGUUCAUAGAUCAGGUGACAACUUAUCUGGUGCAGGUGGCUUGAGCGUCUACAAUAGAAAUAGGCACCAAGCUUUACAUCUCCAACUUAGAUUAUGGUGUCUCGAACGAGGACAUCAAGAGCUCUUUCUAGAGGCUGGUGACCUAAAACAAUAUUCAAUCCAUUAUGAUAGAAGAUCGAAGGUGACAACAGAAAUUAUCUUUUCACGCCUGGCAGAUGCUCUAGCUGUUGUCAAGAGGUGGACUAUCGAUACAAAGUAUCAUAUAGCUGAUGUUUCUAUAUGGAUGGCUCAUCUUGGUGUUUCUUUUGGUAGAAGGUCUGAGGUUUCAACUUCAAGCAAGUAUUUUCCCACUUCUAGAAGAGUGUUCAGGCGUCUAAAAGACUAUGCAAGGAAACUUUCUGAUGUUGAUGCAUUUACACAGGAAAUUGAACAUUGGGUUCUGGGGAGGACAUCUUCAGGCAAUGAGAAGGGGAAACAAUUGUUUAGGUAUCCCUUUCUUGUUGAUGAGUUGCAGAAACUUGAUUAUGCAUUAGAAGGGAUCUUAUUUCAGCAACUCUUUCGUAUGCCUUACUGUAUACUUCAGAUGAUCUGAAAGAGGAUGGGUAUCUUACUUUAGAAGACUUCAUACUAUUGUAGAUGGUUUAUGGCAUACCUUUUGGCACAAAUAUGGGCCAUUGCCAUGAUUUUUGUCUUGUCCACAUCAUCCUGGACCUAAGUUCUAUACAGUUGAAAGGGCAAUACUGUAGAUGGGAGCACAUCCAUCUAGGCUUUAGCCAUCUUGAGAGGAUAUGAGCUAAAUCUCUGAUGACUCAUUUCAAAACAUUCUCAGUAAUAACUAAUAGUAGAUUGUAAUAUGGGAUUCAAUCCAAAUCUAAUUCUGAUAUAAGUAUGCUGGAUAAGUUUUGAGUUACUAGUCUAUAAUAGAUCAAUUCCAUACAAUAAGAUUGAAGUGUUAUAACAC